AUGGCCAAACUUGAACCGUUUCGCGGCGACUACUUUCUCUGGAAGUAUCUCCCUCCCGUCCCUCUCGCCGCCACCUUUGCAAUUCUCUUCUCGAUUGCAACCUCGGCCGUUGGCUGGCGUCUCUGGCGGAUGCGCAGCUGGUUCUGCCUUGCAUUCGCCUGCGGCGGUCUCUUCCGGGUUAUCGGCUACGGAGUCCGCAACAAGGCACACCACAACACGGCCAAGCUCAUGCCCUACGCAAUCCAAAACGGCUUGAUCCUGCUCGCGCCCGUGCUCUAUGCGGCCUCCAUCUACAUGACCCUCGGCCGCGUCAUCCGCAGCGUGCACGGCGAGGCGUCCUCGGUCUUCAAGCCCCGAAACCUGAAGCGCAUCUUCGUCACGGGCGACGUCCUGGCCCUCGCGAGCCAGAGCGGCGCCGCGGGGCUCAUGGUCAUGGACGACCUGGCGCGCAUUGGCGAGAUGGUCAUCGUCGGCGGCCUCGCCUUUCAUCUCUGCGUCUUUGGCCUCUUCGUGUCGACGACGGCCGUCUUUCACCGGAGGAUGCUGCGUCGCGGGAGCGCCGUUGCGCGGGGCGUGCCCUGGCGGCAGAGGCUCUGGAUGCUGUACGGCGCCAGCGGGCUCAUCAUGGCACGCUCGGCGUUCCGGCUCGUCGAGUUCGUCAUGGGCCGGGACGGCUAUCACUUGACCCACGAGUGGUCCCUCUAUGUGUUUGACAGCGUGCCGAUGCUGGCUGUCAGGUCAUCUUCUGGGCGUGGUUCACGUCGAUGA